GAGGAGCUGAGGCGUAGGGUUUGGAAAGGGGAAGGGGAUUGGAAAGAAGGGAGGUGGGUUCGGGGUUUGGCGGCGGAGGAGGAGAGGGAGCCGGCGGCGAGGAAGCAGGCGGCCAUCGCCAUUGAUUUGGGGAAAGCAGAGAUUCGAGAAGUUUUUUUGGUUCAAGGGGAAAGACGGACAGUGAAAGCGGUUUGCUUUUAUGGAGUGUUGUUUGGUCUGAAACUGUGGAAGGGAGGAAGGUUAGGGAAGGGGAAGGAAGUCGUUGGGUCGUCUUCCUUUUCUGCUGCUGCGCUGUGGGCUGGCUGGCGAGCUUGCGAUGCGAUGUGAGCUAAUAUACUCUUGUUUCUGCCUAAUUUGCGGUAAUCUAUUGGUGAGCGAGACGGAAGGAACGAACAGAGGGAGAAGGUCAUGUCGAUUGGCGAGAUAGCGGAAGGAAAUAGGGGAGGAAAAGGAGGAGGAGCUGAGGCGUAGGGUUUGGAAAGGGAAGGGGAUUGGAAUGAAGGGAGGUGGAUGCGGGGUUUGGCGGUGGAGGAGGAAAUGGAGUCGGCGGCGAGGAAGCAGGCGGUCAUCACCAUUUUUUUGUUUGUUUGGGAAAAAGUGAAAGUGGGUUGCUUUUAUAGAGUGUUUGUUUGGUCAAUUAUCGAGCCGAAUGAUUUUUCUCAACCAUAGUUUUGGUGAUUGUAUUUACAUUAUCGAUGUAGUUGGAGCCAGCUGUGAAACUAUUCACAAGGGGGGGGGGGUCAUAUAGCUAACUGGAAAGACUUCAGCCUCCACGCUUAAUCACUAGGAUUCAAGUCCUUCGAGC